CAGGAGGCCCCGAGAUGUCGAGCAAGAAGAAGAAAUACAACGCGCUCUUCCCGCCGGCCAGAAUCAAGAAGAUCAUGCAGACAGACGAGGAGAUUGGCAAGGUGGCAGCCGCGGGACCUGUAAUCAUCUCCCGGGCAUUAGAACUGUUUUUGGAAUCGCUGCUCAAGAAAGCCUGUCAAGUGACCCAAUCUCGCAAUGCCAAGACCAUGACCAUCUCCCACCUGAAACAGUGUAUUGAAUUGGAGCAGCGGUUUGAUUUCUUGAAGGACCUGGUGGCGGCUGUGCCUGACAUGCAAGGAGAUGAGGAAGACAGUUACCUGGAUGGAGAAAAAGGAACCCGAAGGGGCCGGAAGCCUGGGAGUAGCCGGAAAAAUGGUGGUGCUGGGGGAAAGGGGAAAGAUAAGAAGCAGUCUGGGACGGACUCGGAGCAGGAGGAUGAUUCUGAAGACACAGAGACAGACUUGGAGGAAGAGAUGCCACAGGCCCCACCCCAAUCUAGCGGGCCUACGGCCCAGUUCCAGACACUUUGA